AUGGUUCCUUUGGGUUGGAUUGGUGGUGUUGUUGGUUUGAUUCUUGCUACUCUAAUAUCUCUUUAUGCAAAUUCUCUUAUUGCUAUGCUUCAUGAAUUUGGUGGAACAAGACAUAUUCGAUACCGUGAUCUUGCUGGAUUUAUAUAUGGUAAAAAAAUAUAUUCCCUAACAUGGACUUUGCAGUAUGUCAAUCUUUUCAUGAUAAAUACUGGCUACAUCAUUUUGGCGGGUUCAGCUUUGAAGGCUGUUUAUGUGCUAUUUAGGGAUGAUGAUCAUAUGAAGCUUCCACAUUUUAUUGCCAUAGCUGGACUUGUGUGUGCAAUGUUUGCCAUUUGUAUUCCUCAUCUUUCGGCUCUUGGAAUUUGGCUCGGAUUUUCAACCAUCUUAAGCCUCACAUACAUUGUCAUAUCGCUUGUACUGUCACUAAAAGAUGGAAUAAAAUCUCCAGCUCGCGAUUAUAGUAUUCCGGGGACAUCAACUAGUAAAAUAUUUACAACAAUUGGAGCGUCUGCAAAUCUUGUGUUCGCAUAUAACACAGGAAUGCUUCCUGAGAUACAGGCGACGAUCAGACAGCCGGUUGUCAAGAACAUGAAGAAAGCCCUAUACUUUCAGUUUACCGCCGGAGUUCUACCAUUAUAUUUGGUUACCUUCGCAGGUUACUGGGCUUAUGGAUCUUCAACAGAAACCUAUUUGUUGAAUAGUGUCAAUGGUCCAAUCUGGGUGAAGGCUUUGGCCAAUAUUGCAGCAUUUCUUCAAUCAGUCAUUGCAUUGCAUAUAUUUGCGAGUCCGAUGUAUGAGUAUUUGGAUACCAAACAUGGAAUCAAAGGAAGUGCUCUGGCUUUUAAAAAUUUGUCAUUUCGAGUUUUGGUUAGAGGUGGCUACAUGGCUCUGAACACAUUUGUAUCUGCUCUUUUGCCAUUCCUUGGAGAUUUCAUGAGCCUCACAGGAGCUAUAAGCACAUUUCCUCUUACAUUUAUCCUUGCACACCAUAUGUACCUAAUGGCAAAUAAGAACAAACUAAAAUCUACUCAAAAGUUAUGGCAUUGGCUCAACAUUUGGUUCUUUGCCGUUAUGUCUGUUGCAGCAACUAUUGCAGCACUGCGGCUUAUUGCUCUAGACUCCAAAACUUAUCAUGUUUUUGCUGAUUUAUGA